AUGGAGACCCUUUCUAUUCUAUCGCAGCUCAACACCUCGGCACGCGCGACCAGCUACCUAAAAGUCCCAUCCAAUGAGACUAUCCGGCUUCAGAACUUUAUUGAAAACGAGUUCCUUGCUUCUGAGCACAUAACGGAAUGGAUCAAUUCACGUUCCCCUCACUCAGGUGAGCUUCUGUUGGAUGUGCCUUGCAGUCCCCCAAGUGUCGUUGACUACGCUGUCAAUGUCGCAUAUCGGGCAUUUCCAGCAUGGUCACGUACCACGCCACACGAGAGGUCCGAAAUACUACUCCGGAUUGCGUCAAUUCUGGAAGAAUGGAAAGAGUUGUUUGCAGUCUGGGAAAACAUGGAUCAAGGUAAACCUAUGCUGCGCGCGCGGGCUGAAGUUGACCACUCUAUUCAACACUUCCGGUACUUUGCAAGAUACAUUCUUCACGACGAGAGUGCAGUGCGUCUCAACAAAGGCCUAGAAGAAUCGACUCUGACGUACGAAUACCGCGUUCCAGUAGGAGUUUGUGCCAUUAUCACUUCGUCGAACAUGCCGCUCUACCUUUUGACUGCCAAGAUUGCCGCGUGUCUCGCAUUUGGGUGUACCGGUGUGGCCAAGCCGAGCGAGUUGACCAGCAUGACAGCCUUUCGUAAGUUCUGA